UUUUGGUCAUUAGGCUGCUUAAAUCCUUUUCAAAACUAUUUGGUUGGCUUGCUUUCAAAAUUCUCCAUAACCUUCCAAUGAUGACCUGCUUCCUCAGUCGCGUUUUAAGCCUGGGCAGGUGCGGCCUGCAAGUCCUUCAAAGGCGGAUGGGCCAUAUCAAUCAUUGCACCUUGGCCUUGGCCACAAUCGACCUUGUCUGCAUUGUUUGCCUGCUGCAUUACCAACUGGCGCGGCAUGGUCGAGAUCUGUUUUUUUGGUGUGAGGAACUGAACCAACGGCUAGUGGAGUACAUGCUAUCCGCAAUCGUACUGAUGGCCAGCGUUAGUGUGCUGGGCUCCUGUGUGGAUGGCUUUAUCUUCUCCGCCUUGGUUCAGCGGAAAUUAAGUCAGUUUGAUAUGCCGCGGCAGUUUUUUGAAGAUCGUUACCGCAGGUUCGUGUUCAUGCGGCUGGUCAGGCAACUAGAGCAGGCUCUCAAAGUGCAGGCUAAGCAGUCUGAGUUGGGCGAAAGGACGAUGACGCCACUCGCAAAUCUGUCCGAGGCUCAGCAGCUGAUCACGGAGGCUAUCGACGAGUUCCGCACAGCGGUGCGGAUCCUACUGUGGCCCAAUCGAUCCGACCUGCUUGCGGAGGCGUUUGUCCUCUUCCACAUAAGCGAAUCGCAACUGUCGGAUCUGACACUCCAAGGGUACAAGCUGAACGAUGUCGAUGGUGACGACAUGUCCAAUUCCCGUCUUAGUCAUAUGCUAAACCCACUCUGGUAUUAAAAUUGGUCUUCUAGUUCAGA